AUGUCGAAAGUUGAAGCCCCAAAUAACAAUACUACAAAUAUUAGUCAGCCAUCCCCUUUUGUCACCAAAAAGAGUCCAGCAGAUUUAAAUGUGACGGUUGAUGAUUUAAUUAAAUCAUCACGAGAUAUAUAUAUCACAUUAUUGAUAAUGAAAGUUAUAGAAUUAGGCGAUUCAGUUAAACCUUUUGUUUCUGGUCCAAUCUUUCUUAUUUGCCUCCUUUUAAUAUGUUUUAAGAAAAUUAAUGUAAUGCCUAUAGGACGAGCUGGUGUAGCUCUAGUUGGUUCCGUAAACUUUAAUGAUAAUGUUGGGAAUUGUACCACCAGAACAGUUGGGAUCUGUUGUCAAUUGGGAUACGAUCGUUCUUCUAAUGGGAAUGAUGUUGUUGAGCCAUCAAAUGGAAUCUGCCGAUAUCUGGUCGAGUAUAUCGAGAUGGCUGAUGUUUCGUUGUUCGUCGGCAUCGAUGCUGAUGCAUCGAAUCUACCGUAUCUCCCUUAUCUGCUGGCAGUGGCUACCAGUGCGAAUAUUGGAAGUGCUGCACUUCCCGUUGGAAAUCCCCAGAAUAUGAUUAUUGCCACUGCUUCCGGUGUUGAAUUCCUAACGUUCUUUAAGGUCUCUGUGGAAGAUGGUCUAUUGGAAUCAGAUAGAAUCCAAGGACAAGAAGCUUCCGAUCCAAACUCAAUUGAAAUGGAAUCAACGAUAAAUAUCGCUCCUGGUGAUGCCAAAGAAGACAUUGUGGAUGAUGGUAGAUCAGAGGAAGUAUCAAAUGGAAUAAUAAUUAAUGGUAAUCAAGCAGCCGAUUUGCAUGAAUUUAAAGAUGAUGUAAAUAUGGAUGAAGUUUUAUUGGUGGAGGAAUCAAAUCAGCAGCACGGAAUAGCUAGUCAGCGAACAAACGAACAACAGUUUUUACUAAACAGAGAGAAACUGAUAGGUAUAUUAAAGAUGAUCCAUUAUUAUAGAUCAGGUGUUGUAUUAUUACUGGUAUUGAUUGGAUUCUGUGUUGGCCUACACAUGGGAUUCACUGUAAUGUUAGGAGUCUCAAUUCUCAUGUUGAUCGAUCGUAAAGAUGUUUCGGAACAGAUUAAAAUGGUAGAUUGGGAAUUGUUAGUGUUUUUCGGUGGUCUAUUUAUCUUGGUCGAUGGUUUCGAUAGAGAGUUUUCAAAGUGGGCAUGGCGUGGUAUUAGUCCUUGGAUUCCACUGGACGGAAACCCCCUAAAGAUUUUUGUAUUUACCAUCCUGGUUUUAAUUAGUUGUAAUGUAUUCAGUAAUGUACCAUUGGUUCUUGCACUUUCACCGCAUCUCAUCGAAGCAAAUGCACCACCAUUCACUUGGUUACUACUUGCCUUCAUAUCAACAGUAGCUGGUAAUCUUAAUUAA